AUGAAGCGAACGAGGCCGAGAAGCAGCGUGCCCACGAGCUGGCCCUUGCUCGCAUUUGAGAAAUUAGCUGCUUUGCAAGGAUGGAAUUCUAAGGAUUACCAUAUUUACCUUGGUUCACUCUUGGCCUUGCAAAUUUACGUAAGUUUGGCAGACGACAUUUUGAAGGAUUACAGUCAGUUAAAAGACGCGUUGUUGAAGGCGUAUAACGUUGACGCUGACUCAUACCGUAAAAAGUUCAAAGAAAGCAAAGUUGGUGAUACUGAGACUUACGUUCAGUUAAUUACGAGAAUGACCCAGUAUUUAGAUCACUGGUUAAUCAUGAGUAGUGUCGAAAGGGAAUACAACUCGUUGUUUGACUUUUUGAUACAAGACCAGCUGUUGAGUAAUUGCCCUCUUGACCUUCGCAUCUUUCUCAAAGAACGGACGUUCGCAAGUACAGUGGAAAUGGCUCAAACAGCAGAUGGGUAUCGUUGCGCCCAUAGAGCUGUGGGUCACAUACGUCCUUCUUGCCCCGAACUUAAAUUCGCGAAACCCAAGACUUCUCAGAAAGUAAAUGCUGCAUUUAAGGCUAAUGUAAAUUACGAUCACGGUAUUACGUGUGAUGGAUCCUUAAAUGGCAAGCCAGUGAAUGUACUUUUUGAUUCGGGUUGCUCGUCAGUUAUAGUGAAGGAAUCGCUCGUGCCCGCCUCGGUCAAGCGAGGAAAGGUGGUUGCGCUGUAUGACUACCUGGGGGAGCGGCGCGAAUUCCCCACCGCACGUUGUCUGAUUAGGAGUAAAUUCCUGAAUGGGUGGUUUGACGUCGUGGUUGCGCCGAUAAAGUUCACGGAUGUCCUCAUAGGUAUGGUGCCGGGGGUCAAGGCGUCGAGCGUGAACAUUCCGAACACGAAAGCAGCCAAAACUCCUCAGAGGAGCGAAAUUAAUGCUGUUGCGACGCGGGCCGCCAAAGCGAAGGAAAAUGUCGGUCCUGACAAACUAAUUGUUCCCAGCUUCAAAUUUGAGAACGUCUCUAAGCAAGACUUCAUGGAUGCUCAGUCCUCUUGCCCGUCUCUAGAACACAUUCGUUCUAAGGAAAGAAUUAAAGCUAUUGUCACUGUUAAAAGUCGUCAUUUCUCUCAUCGAAAGACUGCAGAAAAGGUAUUCCAUAAAUUCUUUUGGCCAGGAGCAGGCGCAGAGAUCAAACGCUACUGUCGCUCUUGUCAUGCUUGCCAGAAAACGGUCCCUAAGGGCAAGAUCAGAAAGGCCCCCAUGGUUCAGAUGCCAGUCAUAAGCGAGCCGUUUUCCCGAGUAGCGAUUGAUAUCGUCGGGCCGAUCUCCCCGCCCUCGAGCCGAGGCCACAAGUAUAUGUUGACCUUGAUUGACAUGGCCACCAGAUUUCCUGAGGCAGUUCCUCUGAGAAAUAUCGACUCGGUAACUGUUGCUGAAGCGUUGUUAACCAUUUUCGCUCGUGUAGGAAUACCGAAAGAGAUUCUUUCUGAUCGUGGUACACAAUUUAAGUCUGAUUUGAUGGCAGAGAUCAACCGAUUACUUUCUGUUAAAGCAUUAUACACCAGUCCGUAUCACGCGUGUUGUAAUGGUACCGUCGAACGUUUUCACGCAGUGCUAAAAGCUAUGUUGAAAAAGCUCUGCAGCGAACGACCACAUGACUGGGAUCGUUACAUCCCAUCCGUCUUGUUUGCGUAUCGCGAGAUUCCUCACGAUACGCUAAAAUUUAGUCCGUUUGAGUUGCUGUACGGCCGUAAGGUACGUGGCCCUUUAUCAAUUCUGCAUAAUUUAUGGACUAAAGAUAUUGAUGGGGAGGUUAAGAGUACCUAUCAAUAUGUAUUAGAUCUGAGAUCUAGAUUAGAACAAUCGGCUCAACUAGCAUCCGCUCAUGCAGACGUGAAUAGCAGAAUGUACAAGACGUACUUCGACAGGAAAGCUAGAGCUCGAACGUUAAAAGAAGGGGAUGAAGUACUUGUGCUGUUGCCAACUUCGCAUAACAAACUAACUGUUCAGUGGAAGGGUCCCUAUUCUGUUGUACGCAAGCAUGAAAAUGGUGUAGACUAUGAAAUAAAAAUAAAAGGGAAAAUAAGGCUUUAUCAUGUGAACAUGCUGAAGAAAUAUGAAAGACGCGAAAAUGGCAUUUCUCACUCUCAGGUGUGCCAAGCUUGCGUGGUAGAUGCUUCUGAUCCCAUAGAUAAGAACGCUAAUGGCGUAUGUGAUAUACCCGAAUUGUAUAAUCCUGGUAAAUACGAAUUUAAUUUUAACUCUGAACUCUCAAAUGAACAAACCUCAGAGCUAAACCAUCUAAUCGCUGAUUUUCUUGACGUAUUUGUCGAUAAACCAGGCAUGACCAGUACAGUAGUUCAUGAUAUUCAUUUGACUACAGAGGUUCCCGUUCAUACGAAGCCUUAUCCUAUUCCAUAUCAUUUACGUAACGCUUUUGACGAGGAAGUGGAAAGGAUGAGGGAAUUGCGAGUAAUUGAACCGUCAACCUCUGCUUAUUGUUCACCUGUAGUACUGGUGAAGAAGGCCGACAACUCGUGGCGCUUUUGUGUAGAUUUCAGGUCUCCUAAUGACAUAAGCCUCUUUGACGCUGAGCCGAUGCCGACCAUGGAAGAAGCGUUGGGUAGUUUCGUGGGAGAUUCAUACUUUACGGAAAUUGAUCUCUGUAAGGGUUACUGGCAAAUUCCUCUGAGUGAUAAGGCGAAGCAGUACACCGCGUUUGCUACACAGAAGUAUGGCCUUAUGCAGUUUAGAAAAUUACCAUUCGGUUUACGUACGGCGUGCGCUACUUUCAUUAGACUGAUGCCCUCCUCGACAGGAUUAAAAGAUCUCUUGAUGAAUGCCCCUAUUCUAACUUUGCCCGACUACAGUAAGACUUUCUAUCUUCGCACUGACGCGAGUGAUACUGGCCUCGGGCCGUCUUGUUGCAAAGUGUCGAUGGCGUCCUCAUGCCCAUCGCCUACGCAAGUAGAAAACUUAAAGAUCGGGAGACUCGUUACGCUGUCAUUGAACGAGAAGGUGAGUGUACUAUCAUAUUCAGCACUUGAUAUUACCCUCACAUUACUUUGA